AAAGUCUGAUGUGUAUCUGUUGUUGGAUUGUAUGGUUAAAGUUUUGAAUGAGAUGAACGGGGGAUGGUGGUCCUCGUGAAUUAUGCGAUGGAGGAAGAUGCUAGAAGGAGUAAAAGGGGAGGAAUAUUUCGCCGCAUGUUCACAAGCUCUUCAUCAACGCCUGAUGCUCGCCGUCAAUCCUCGCUAUCCAUCGGCCCCACCUACCCUCCCCGAGAACGACGCCCACUUCGAUCAGUACCAGUGGUCGGAAAGAAUUAUAAAGUUGAUCCUGAGGUUCUAGCCAAGCAGUACGUGGAGAAAGAGAUAAAGUACAUGGGAACAAUAAGCGAUGUGCGACACGACUUUGAUCCGAACAAUCGAACGUUAUUGUUAUCGUUGCUCGAUGAAAAACGAAAAGUGGGCCAGCUCCCAUGGGAUUUAUCAUGGAAGAAUGACGUCAUACUUUCAUUCUCGGCUCACAAUAUUAAGAUACUGUGGAGAGAUGGUGAAAGAUUAAUCCAUCGUAUUCCCACCCACCAACUAUCUGCAGCAGGGUAUGUAAAAGAUGACAGCCACGUUUUCCAGUUCUUUAAGUUCGCAUCUGAAGUAAACCAUGAGAUGUGUAACCUUGUGGUUCUUAGCUGUGAUAACAAGGAAUUUGCGACAGAGAUAUGUUCUCUGACUCAGCAAUUAUUCCAACUCGUUUACACCGACUCCACGAUGGAUUUCUUCGAUCGCUCAAUUCAAGAUGGUGCGCUUACCCCUAAGAAUCAUUCAUACAGCACAGAUUCCUCAUCUGAAAAGAAAGACACUGUCCAAUUGACACUACCUCUCUCAAACAUUCAAAGCCAAUCAGAGCAUGAUAUCCAGGUUACCGGGGCAACAGGGAUCACGAAAUCUUCCACUUUGCCUCAUUCUUCUGCACCUUCUUCAAUUUAUCUUAAAGACAGCGACCUCCAUCACCGUGGAAACGGGAUUUCCUCCCCAACCUCUUCGUCCACUCCCUCGUCACCUGUAACCACCACUAGAGGGACAUGGGGGUCAGGGAGCAGCGCGGGUUCAGCAAAUUCACAUCAACUACAACUCAAUGAAUAUAUAGCAGUGUUAAAAGAGAGAUUAAGCCCUGAAGAAUUGAGUUUAUUCGCGCAACAUCUUCAUCACUUUCGUACUGGAGGAUUAACCAUAAAGAUCUUCUGUGAACACUUGAUGGAGAUAUAUACAGAGGAACGAAAAUCACUUUUACUUGGCAUGCAACACUUUAUCCCAGCCACCCGAGACCGCUCGUAUUUCAAAUCUUUUCUUCGUCAACAUAAUGUUUCCCACCACUUGGAGGCAGAAGAGGGCAACGAAUGGUGGAGCAAGUCAGAUUCUAGAACUGUUUCUGAGAAUGAAGAGAGAACCACAGAAAUUUCUAGUAAUUCUGACAUGAACCCGUCCACCCCAACAACUUCUGAAGAAGAGUGGACAUCUGUGGUCUCAAAAGUGGAUUUUGGGAGCAAAGAUGGAGAGGAAUACGCCAGCAGUACACUCACGAAAACAAACCCGGUGGAGCUGUUGGACACGGAUACCGACGAGCCCUCUACCUCCACCAAGUGUGAAGAACAACAAUUUAUAUUUUCAUCUCCAAAGAUUAAUCGGAAAGUCUUCAAGAAGAAACAUAGAGGUAAAUCACCAGCUGCAGUAGAGUUCGGAGCCCCUUACCCAAACCCCGCCACAGUGGGUACAGAUGAUGAGACCACCGCAAGCACAGAAGACAAAACAUUAACUAAACCACCGGAUAAUUCUCCUUCCCAGGACUCCGAAGCGACCUCUGACCCCGAGUCGACGAAAACCACUCAACCUGAACAUCGGAAGAAGAAGAAACAUAAACAUUCCAAACAUGGGACGCACUUGUGAUGUCAUCACCUAUGACAUCAUAGUUGUUCACACGGACGUUAUGACAUCAUAAUAGUAAAUACGUUACCAUGGAAAAGUUCGAAAAUUGUUUCGAUUUUUUGCCGAGUCAUUGUUUACGUUGAUGAUGUCAUGAUGACUCGUCAUCCUCGCCACUCUCGUCGGUAACCAUGGGAGACGAUGACAACACAGAGGCGAGAACAUGGCUGAAACACCUUGUGAUCUUUUGUCCGAGAAACUGCAAUUCUAACACGUUGGUACGAAAGUUAUUCAAAUAAAACUCACAAACUUACA